ACCCCCGAGGUGGAGCAGCUGGGCAGGGUGGUGGAGCUGGACAGCGACAUGGCAGACAUCACCCAGGAGCCUCCCCUGGAGCCCGGUCUGGAGGACGAGAUGGGAGACGAGCCCGAGGCCGUGCCUGCGUCGACUCACAUCGUGUCCACCCUGGGCAUUAACCCCUAUGUUCUGCAGAUCAUGAAAGCUUCCUUGCUUGCCGAUGAGGACGACCUAGACUUGAUCCUGGAUCACUGCCCUGGGAAGCAACCUGUGAAAGCGGAUACUUCUCAAGAGAUCUGUUCUCCAAGGCUCCCUAUUUCAAAGUCCCAGGGACAGAGAAGAUCCUCAGCUGGUGGGCUGCUCCAUGCAAAGUUUGCGAACCUGCUCUUCCAAGCGCCGGGUGCUGCUCCGCAAGAGGCCAGGGGACCCAGGACUCUGAGCAGCCCCCCUUCCGUCGCCCUUUUGUCGGCGACUUCUCCCCGGGCGUCUCCGUUCCCCGUUCCUCCGUCGGUCCCUGAGGUGCCGAUGAAAACAGUCGGUGUCCGCAGGCAGCAGGGGCUGGUCGCUCUGGAAAAGUCCAUCACCUACGGCAAAGGGAAGCUGCUGAUGGAUAUGGCGCUCUUCAUGGGGCGCUCGUUCCGUGUUGGCUGGGGACCCAACUGGACGCUCGUCAACUGCGGCGAUCGCUUGAGCGGAUCGAGUGAAAUGGAAGAUCCGUGCUCUGAGUCCAUGGAAUACAGAUUCCUGCCAACUCCUGUCGCUCCAAAAUCACUUUCCGAAUCCUCGUUCAAGGUGCAUGUGGAGAAGCUGAGCAUCGAACAGCGGAAGAUGGACAAACAGCUGUAUCUCAUCCCUCUGGAGAUAAAGCUGAAACACAGCACUGUCCAUAUGGAUGAAGAAUGUCCCCUUCUAGCGCCCAAUCCGGGAGUUUCCGCCAUUCACGACUAUGCUGACUGGGUGAGAAGGGUAUCCGAGGAGCCUGCUGUGACGGAAGCUGCUGUGAAGCACUGGUGCCUCACCUGGACUCUGUGCGAGGCCAUUUGGGGGAACCUGAAGGAGUUGGAGGCCAGGUUGGAGGAACCCAGCGACUACAUCCUCGCCCUGGAACGCAGGAAAGCCUUCUCCCGCUGGCUGUCGGAGACUGCCGCGGGACGAAUCGAGGAGGAGGUCUCUCUGUCCCGACACGGUAACCCCGUUGAGGCUGUGUUCAGCUGCCUUACUGGGAAGAGAAUUGGGGAAGCGUGCAGGCUGGCACAGAAGUCAGGUGACCACAGGCUCGCUCUGCUCCUCUCCCAGCUGGCCGGGAGCCAGCCCACGCGGGAUCUCCUCACCAUGCAGCUGGUGGACUGGCACAAGCUGCAGGCGGACUGCUUCAUCCAGGAGGAGCGGCUGCGGAUCUUCGCCCUGCUCGCGGGAAAGCCGGUGUGGCAGUUAUCGGAGAGGGUGAACGUCAACGUGUGCUCGCUGCUGGACUGGAAGCGCUGCGUGGCCGUCCACCUCUGGUACCUGCUUCCUCCAACCGCCUCGAUUUCCAAGGCACUCGCCAUGUACGAGUUAGCGUUUCAGAACACGCCGGAGGGUGCGCGGUACGCCUGCUGCCCUCUGCCUCCGUACCUGGAAGAUUCCGGUGCCGUCGUUGAGGACGAUAAUGCGGGAAGACCCCUGAGAGACGUCUGUUUCCACCUCUUAAAGCUCUACAGUGACAGGCACUAUGAUCUCGACCAGCUGCUCGAUCCCAGGAGCGUCACCUCCGACCCCCUGGACUAUCGCCUCAGUUGGCACCUGUGGGAGGUGCUCAGAGCCCUGAACUACACCCACCUGCUCAAGCAGAGCCAGGGGGUGCUGAACGCGAGCUACGCUGCCCAGCUGGAGAGCGAGGGGCUCUGGGAGUGGGCUGUUUUCGUGCUGCUGCACGAGCCUGAUACACGCGCCCGGGAGAAGGCAGUUCGGGAGCUCCUGAAUCGGCACUGCGUCCUCUCCGAGACGCCAGAGUCGUGGGCCAAGGAGACGUUCCUGACGCAGAGGCUCUGCGUCCCGCCCGAGUGGAUUCAGGAAGCGAAGGCGGUCCGCGCGAGGGCGGAGGGCGACAAGCACAAGGAAGCCCUGUUCUUGUUCAAGGCUGGCCACUGGAACCAGUGUCACAGGCUGGUCGUCAGGCACUUGGCCUCGGAUGCCAUCAUCAAUGAAAACUACAAGUACCUGAAGGGAUUCCUGGAAGAUCUUGCCGCUCCCGAGCGCAGCGCGCUCAUCCAGGACUGGGAGAAUGCGGGGCUGGUCUACCUGGACUACAUCCGCGUUAUCGAGAUGCUGGACACGAUGCAACAGCUGGAUUGUUCCGCCUACGAGCUGGAGCGGUUACACACCAAAGUGACGUCGCUGUGCAGCAGGAUAGAGCAGAUCCAGUGCCACACCGCCAAGGAUCGCCUGGCUCAGUCAG